UAUCGAUGCUCGCUUUCGUACUGGCGUUCCGAUUCUCGUAAUGGAAACAGAUAGGAGUGACAGGUUGUUACAGGAAAAAGCAAAAAAGCAACUGGCAAAAGAUCUGAGGCCGAUUGAAAAGCUCAGAUAUCAAUGUCUGUUACGUGGUGCAUCUGGAAUAGCUGGUAUAGGAAGACAGUUCCGAAUUAUUGAUGAUGAUGGAAACAAAAAACUGGAUUAUAAAGAGUUCUCGAAGGGAUGUAGGGACUUUGGUGUGGACCUGUCCAAAGAAGAAAUUAAAGAGAUUUUCGAUGAAAUAGACACAGAUCAGAGCGGAUAUAUUGACUUCGACGAGUUCUUAGUGUCGUUAAGGCCUCCUAUGAGCAAAUGUAGAAUUGAUGUUCUGAACAAAGCAUUUCUGAAAAUGGAUAAAACGAAAGACGGUGUUAUAACUAUUGAAGAUUUAAAAGGUGUAUACAACGUGAAAAACCAUCCAAAAUAUAUUAAUGGUGAAAAAACUGAAGAUGAGAUUUUAGUUGAAUUUUUAAAAACAUUUCAACCUCAAAGCAAUGCUGAUGAAACUGUAACAAAAGAAGAAUUUAUUAAUUAUUACACUGGCAUCAGUGCAUCAGUAGACAAUGAUGCUUAUUUUGACUUGAUGAUACGACAGGCCUAUCGAAUCUAAACCAAACAAAAUAACUCGUGAAGAAUUUCUCAAUUAUUAUUCUGGUGUCAGUGCGUCUGUUGACAAUGACGCUUAUUUCGAUUUAAUGAUUCGAUGCUCUUUUAAACUAUAAAUAUUAAUUGUCCAUUAGUCAGUAUAAAAGAAUUGUUCAUUACGAAACAAACAAUCAACAUAGAGAGAAUCAAUGUUGUCUUGUUUAAAUUAUUUUCUAGAUGUGUGUACAAUAAGGCAAACUACAGUUUUUUUUUUUUUUUAAAAAAAAGCAUUCAAUAUAAACUGUCUUUCCUGUUUAUUAUUACUCUACUAUCAUCAUGGUAUGUGACUGAUUGCGUUUGCUCUUCCAAAAUCUUGUUUUGUUUGAUCGUUUUUAUUCUAACACUUUCAUUUGCAAAACACACCUCUUCAGAUGGGUUUUGUUUUUCUACUGUAUUUUUACUUUGGAAAUAUUUCAAUUAUUCUUUUGACUGCAAGAGUUUUGUACAACUCACUGAAUCCUCAUUACUGAUAGUUUGUGUUUCUUUGUGGUUUAUUGGGUUUUCCUUUCUAAUGAAAUUUAUAUAUUUAUAUAUUUGUAUUUAUAUAUAUAUAUAUGUGUGUGUCUACCUCAUGGCUGUGAUAAAACUUGUUUCUUUUGUUUAAAAAACAAAUACAACUCAUUUAAAGAAAUGCACAAACUUUUG